CAAAACAGUGGUUCAACUUUAGAAUUGGCAGAAUAACUGCUUCUCGUGUCAAGAGGGUGUGUAGGACUGCACUUGAUAAACCAUCAAAAAGUUUAAUAAAAGACAUUUGCUACCCAAUUUCAAAGACAUUUACCUCGAAGGCAACUACAUGGGGGUGUGACCAUCAGAAAGAUGCGAAUGUUGACUAUAUUAACACCAUGUCCAAGAAUCACAUUAACUUUCAGUGGCAUGACAGUGGACUACUGAUUAAUCCAAAAUAUCCUUUCAUGGGAGCUAGCCCAGAUGGAAGAGUUUCAUGUGACUGUUGUGAUGAUAUUCUGGUGGAAAUAAAGUGUCCCUAUUGUCAGAGAACAGCAGAAAUAAGUGAUGAGGUAGACUGUCUUAAGAUUACAGAUGGAAGUUUACACUUGGACAAAGGACAUGCUUAUUUCUACCAGAUUCAAUGUCAGCUUAUGGUAGCCGAAGUGCAGUCUUGUGACUUUGUAGUGUGGACAGAGGCAGACUUUUACAAAGAAAGAAUCACUAUAGACAAUAUUUUCUGCAUAGAAAUGGUUGAAAGGCGUUCACUUUUCUUUCAGAAGACUAUUCUGCCAGAGUUGAUUGCCUGGUUUUAUAAACAUCUCGUCCAUAGACGUUUUAUUCUGCGACUUUCUGUCCGUCAUUAUACAUUUAACACAGUGGCUGUAUUAGAAACGACAAAAUUAUUUACCUGUAUGACUUCGUGA